AUGAAGCACGAAGAUGAUUGGAUGGUGGAGGUGGUGUGUGCGGAGCAUAAUCAUGAUCCAGCAUCAUAUAUGAAGGGACAUCCAUACCCCAGUCGGCUUUCUGAAGUUGAAAUUCAAAUUACGGUUGACAUGUCUGCUCGAAAUUCCAAGUCGCGAGACAUAUUGACGGAGUUGAAAAAGCGAGAUCCAAACAACGUGAGCACCAUCAGAACUAUAUACAAUGCACACAAGAAGCACAAGACCGUUGAGAGAUCGGGUCAAUCACAAAUGCAAUCUGUGUUCUCAUUCCUCAAUGACCAUGAAUAUUUUUUCGAUUAUCGGGCAAACCAUACAACCUAUGAGCUUGAAGAUUUAUUCUUUGCACAUCCUGGCUCGCUAGAUCGAUUGCGUGCAUUCCAGAACGUGUUGUUGAUGGAUGCGACAUAUCAGACCAACAGGUACGGGUUGCCUCUCGUAGAAAUUGUUGGUGUUACUUCAACUAGUUAG